AUGACGUCCAACGGUACCUCUCCCCCGACCUUCAUCAACCAGAAGCCUCUCCCCUGCAUUGUAGACAAUGCUCCGUUCACCCCUUCCCACACGUAUGAUGUCCAGCGUACGGAUCAGCCCUCCACAGCAUCUCGCGAUGUCACCCACAAGGUCCACGCCAUCUCUCCCUCUGAUGUGGAGAAGGUGGUAGCUUCUUCGCACGCCGCCUUCCCCGGCUGGCGCGCCACCCCAGUCUCCCGCCGUAAGGAGAUCAUCCUCAAGGCAUGCAGCCUCCUCCACGAGCGAGUCCCCGAGUAUGCGGCCAACACCAUGGAGGAGACCGUGCUCUCGCGCGGCAUGGCUGGAUUCGAACUCGCUGUCCUCGCCACCGGUCACCUUCAGAGCGCAGCUGAAAGCAUGACGACCGCACUCAAGGCCGAGCUGCUGCCUCCCGGAGAUGACGGCGCCAUGAAGAUUGUCAAGCGCGAACCAUACGGCGUGGUGCUCGGCAUCGCGCCCUGGAAUGCGCCCUUCAUCCUUGGCCUGCGAUCAGUGCUCUACGCCAUCGCUGCAGGCAACACUGCCAUCCUCAAGACUUCCGAGUUUGCUCCCCGCGUUCACCUCAGCGUUGCGCAGAUUUUGAUCGACGCCGGUCUGCCCAAGGGUGUCCUGAAUGUGGUCCAUGUCGACCCUUCGCACGCAGCUGAAGUGACCGAAGCGCUCAUCUCGCACCCCCGCGUGCGCAAGGUCAACUUCACCGGCUCCACCCGCGUCGGACGCAUCAUCGCAAGCACCGCCGCCAAGCACCUCAAGCCCGUCGUCCUCGAGCUGGGCGGCAAGGCACCCUUGAUCAUCUUGGAGGACGCAGACCUGGAUCUGGCAGCCAACGGCAUCCUCUUCGGCGGCUACCUCAACAGUAACCAGAUCUGCAUGGCCGUCAACAACGUCCUCGUCCACUCUGCUGUUGCGUCCAAGCUCGAGUCCACCCUGCAGACCCUGUUUAACCAGCAUCGCGAGAUCUUCACGGCCAAGCUCAGUCAAGGAUUUGAGGAUAAGCAUGCUUUGCGAUCGCUCUUCACCGCUGCCUCGGCGGACCGCCUGAAAGUUCUCUACGAAGACGCCGUCUCGAAGGGCGCCAAGGUAGUCGUCGGCGAAGCCGGCUUCGACGGCGCCCUCGUGCAACCCAUCGUCCUCUCCCCCGUCGACAACAAGAUGAAGAUUUACACAGAAGAGACUUUCGGCCCCGUCCUCUCGCUCAUCACCUUCAACAGCAUCCAAGAAGCCAUCGACAUUGCCAACACGCCCGAAUACGGCUUGGCUGCCAGUAUUUAUACGAGAAACCAAAAACUCGGGUUGGAGCUGGCCGAUCAGAUCGAUGCGGGGCAGGUGCACGUCAAUGCUCAGCCGGUACACGAUGAUCCCGUGAUGCCGCAUGGUGGAUGGAAGAGUUCCGGUUAUGGACGGUUCAACGGCGUCGAGGGUGUCAAGGAGUUUACUCAGACCAAGGGUAUUACGGUCCAAGCGGGACAUGCGACGCCGUUCCAGUAUGUGUAA